AUGCAGAGUCAGGCACUAGGUCAUGUUCUAGUCAUUGGAGGGUGUGGAUUCAUGGGACAUCAUCUUGUCAAAGCUCUUUUGGAUGAUUCAGACGUAGAGCACGUUUCUGUAUUCAGCCGGAGUCCGCGCGAAAACCGUUAUCCUGAAGCAUCGUACUAUGCUGGCGAUAUCACGUCUGUUGAAGAAGUUACCAAUUUGCUCACGGAUAUCCAACCGCGUAUUAUCUUUCAUGCCGCUUCUCCCGAUCCAUACCAAGAUCCACCCAAUCAUCUUUCUUAUCAGAAGGUGAAUGUGGAAGGUACUAAGAACUUGCUCGCAUGCGCCUCUUCCGCACCUUCAGUUGUAGCCCUUGUCUAUACAUCUUCGUUGACCAUAUACAAGUACGAUGUCAACGGUGAAAUCUUUAACGCGGAUGAAUCUCACCCCAUUCUCAACGGCCCAGUUACCAAAUAUAACCCCUACUCCGAAAGCAAGGCUCUUGCAGAUGCACUGGUGUUGGCUGCCAAUAAUCCUUCUUCUAAACCAUGUCAUCUUGCUGGAAAGUGCUCCCACAGUCAUCUUCGAACUGCAUGUAUCCGGAUCUCAGGUAUCUACGGCGAAGGAGACGAGAAUAUGACAAUGCUUGGCCUGCAACUAGCACGCUACGGGUUGUCAUUUCUGCAAUUGGGUGACAACACAACUCUGUUUGAUCCGAUUUAUGUCAGCAAUGCGGUUUUUGGUCAUGUCUUGGCAGCAAAGGCCCUCUUGACGGAGGUAGAGACGGACAUCGCUUACACCAAGGAUAGGGAUGAAGAUAUUGAUGCAGUACCACCUAAACCUCGAAUUUGCGGCGAAGCAUUCAAUAUCACAGACGACCUUCCCUCCCCGUUCUGGUUUUAUAUGCGCAAGUUCUAUACGGCAGCGGGGCAUCCGCCGAAAACAAUAUGGGUCAUUCCUACGUGGAUCUUGUUUAUGCUGGCUUGGCUAACUGAGUACUGGUUCUGGAUUGUGUACCAGGGAAGGAGAAGGCCUAAAAUUUUGAUUCGUUCAAAGCUAGAGUACCUUUGUAUGACCAGAACUUAUCAAGUAAGCAAGGCAAAGCAGAGACUUGGUUGGUACGCCCUUGUCGGUGUCGAUGAGGCUGCUAAGAAUAGCAUGCGCUGGGGGCUUGCAAAACUAGGUGUUGAUGUGAAAAACAUGAGUUCUGUUGGUAAUGAAGUUCAGAAUGGGCGAACGAAGGCUGCCUAG